AUGAGCACGAUUCAGAACACCACAAGCACCAUCUCGAAGAAGUACAACAAGGUGAAGAAGCAAGGCAUCAGCACGUACAACAAGCUGAAAGUGGAGACGAGUAACAAGGGUAAGAAGUACUACCAGGAACUGAAGGAUACGGAGGCACUGAGGAAGAAACUGAACGAGCGAGUGGAGAAGUUCGACAAGAGGCUGAGCAGGGUAUUCUACGCGUCUGAGUUCGAGAAGCUGUUCUACUCUGCUGCCAUUUACUUCUUGUUUGCCGGAGGCUUCAUUCUCGGACACUACCCUGAGUACUUCCACGUGUUCUACACCGCGCUCGUUGUGACGCUGAUGCCCAUCAGAUUCUACACGUACUGGAAGAGAUCCUACCAGUACUUUUUAGCGGACCUGUGCUACUACGUGAACGGUUUGCUGUGUGCGUUUAUCUGGCUGGCACCUCAAUCACAGCACCUGUUCAUUGUGUGCUUUGCCUUCACAUUCGGCACUCUGUCAUGGGCAGUUGUCACGUGGCGUAAUUCGUUGGUGUUACACUCUGUGGACAAGUUCACGUCUUCCUUUAUCCAUGUCACCCCGCCGGUUGUUGUGUUUGUCAUCACACACAUGCUGACAGAAGAGUACAAGCUGGAGAGGUUCCCUGGUGCUGCGAAAGUUACCCGUUGGCACUUUUUCUCGGGCCUGUUGUGGACGUCGUUGUACUACCUCAUUUGGCAAAGCGCAUAUCAUUACUUCAUCACUUUGAAACGAGCUGCAAAGAUCAAAGCUGGAAGAGCAACCAGUUUCGAGUGGCUCCGUAAGAGCUUUGCGAAUACCAUUCUCGGAAGAUUCGUGAACUCGUUGCCUGAUCCAUUCCCAGUUGUUGCAUUCACUUUCAUCCAAUAUGGCUAUCAGCUCUUGACGAUGAGUAUCUGUCCAAUAUGGUUUAGAUUCAAGUACCUUGCGGCACUUUUCCUGACUUUUAUAUUCUUCGUGGCAAGCUAUAACGGAGCUACUUAUUAUGUUGAUUACUACGGAAAGAAGAUGGAGAAGGAGGUUCAAAGAUUACGUGCUGAGAUUGCAGAGAUGCAAGCAUCAAGCGAAUCAACUUUCGAAGACAGUUCUGAAUCUCUUCUUGAAUAUGCAAAGACAAAAUGA